UUUAGUUGUCGAAAUAAAAAAAGAGGGGGAAAAAAAAAACGCUCGUGGACUACAUUUCCCGAGAUGCUGCACCUGACGUCAUCAACUAAAAGAAGGAGAAAAAACCCCCAACAAAGUAAUAAGAAAGCCACGCCCUUCUUCGCCAGGCUCCGCCCACAGUGAAUCAGGAUACGCGCCGGGCAGUUAUCGCAAGUGACUCGUUUCCUCCUCAGCAGAGAAGAGCCGCAGUGACAGCAGGCCGCGUCUCCCGAGCGCUCCCCUCCACAGCCCGGCGUCCUGUCUUAGCCUCCGCUCUCGUACUCAGCCGCUCCAUGGCACUGAAGAGGAUACAGAAAGAGUUAACUGACCUGCAGCGUGACCCCCCUGCUCAGUGCUCAGCAGGACCAGUUGGAGAUGACUUGUUUCACUGGCAAGCAACAAUUAUGGGACCUUCUGACAGUCCAUAUCAAGGUGGCGUCUUCUAUCUCACAAUCCAGUUUCCAACAGAUUAUCCAUUCAAGCCACCAAAGGUUGCAUUCACAACAAAAAUAUAUCAUCCAAAUAUAAACAGCAAUGGAAGCAUUUGCCUUGAUAUCUUGAGGUCACAGUGGUCUCCUGCACUGACUAUAUCUAAAGUUUUGUUGUCUAUAUGCUCCCUACUCUGUGAUCCCAACCCAGAUGACCCUUUAGUACCAGACAUUGCACAGAUCUACAAGACAGACAAGGAAAAAUACAACAGAAUAGCAAAAGACUGGACUCAGAGAUAUGCAGGCGUGUGAAGCCAUCAUUUCAUAUAGUCCGUGUACUGUACAUUCUAGGCUUUUCAAGAUUAGAGCAAUCCCGGGCACAGUUUACUGUUCCAGAUGCCGAAAAAGCAUUUUUGAGUUUCAUUUAAAUACUUCUUCAGAAGUUCCAAAAUAUGUAUCAAUAUCAGUCAAGGAGGAUUCUCACUUAUUAUAUUAGGGUCCAUUAGACUGGCAACUUGAAGUGAUACCGGUUUCAUAUUGAGACUAACAGUAUCAUUGACUCGGAGUCAUUGCCUCGUAUACUUCCUUGCUGUGCUCCCCUAUUCUUUAGUAUAGAGCAGAAUGUUGGAUUCCUGUUGCCUCAAUUAUUUACAGUUCCUUAUGCUUCUUAUUGACCUGAAUAACAGUCAUCUGGAUUAUAGAGGAACUAUGUUCUGGAGAAAUGGCGCUUUAUGAAGUGUAAUAGAAAAAUGCUCUCCAUCAUUUAUGCUGCUUGUAUCUUUAAAAAGAAAAUCAUAAUGGUUGGCUUACUUCAAGAAUCCAAAGGUUUGAAAUCUGAUGAGAGGGAUUGAGGAGGAACCAGUGUUUGUCUGAAAGGAAAAGCUAAUUACAUUGAUCUUGCAAUGUGCAGCUUAUCUUUGAAGCCAUGUACUUGGAUGCUGCAGUGUAAAUGAACCAAGGCAAUGCCUCCUCUGAGAUGUACAAUCCUCUCAGUCGGCAAGAAUCCGGCACAGUCCCUCUUAAACUCUCCCCCACUAUAUUAAUGCACCUGCAAGGGCAGCAUAAGCUGUACUAGCAGUGUGUGACUAUCGUGUGUAACGGGAGGUGGUGCUCACGAAUAGAAACCCAGCAUUAGAACAAACUCGUGGUCAGAAAGAACGUCGAAGCACUCACCUGGUACGCACUUGCUUCUGCGGGGGGACUGACUAAGUGCGAGGAGCGCGAUACGGACCGUCUCCCACCGGCAGAAACCACCCGUCCCAGAUACACCUGUUCACCUCCCCUUUGCAUGUUUAUCUGUUAAGCAUAAUAAAGAUAUUCAUCAUCUGAAGCAAGUGUGUACCAGGUGAGUGCUCCAAAGUCCUUUCUGACCACGAGUUUCCUCUCUGAGAUGUAUUUUCACGGUCUAGGUUCUAAAGUCUCAUUAUUAGAAAGGUGAAACACUUCAGGUGCCAAUUCUAAUGUACCCUAAUUUGUAAAUGUGAACAUUCUCUUCUAGGUUUGUGUUAAAAAUUGUUGGCCUUUAAUAUUUUUUAUUAAAUAAAUUGAUAUAGAAUGAUUUAAGGGGUAUCUGGUGGGAAGGUUAGUUUUUUUUUUUUUUUUUUUUUUUUUUUUUUUUUUAAGAACAA